AUGCAGAAGAUGAGUGGACCCCCUCAGAACAACAAGGCGAGCAGCACGGGAAGUAAGUUGAUUGCAGGUGGACACAAAGAGAUGGGUGGGAGUAACUUCAUAGCUGGAGUCUUCAUCCAGGCCAUGAAUAAGAAGAUGAGCAUCUAUGAUGCCAUGAUGAGGGGGCUCCUGACACCAGGGACGGCUCUGGUGCUGCUGGAGGCGCAGGCUGCCUCAGGGUUCCUCAUCGACCCUGUGAGGAACCAGAAACUAUCAGUGAAAGAGGCACUGACUGCAGGACUCAUAGGCAGAGAUUUUUAUGAGAAGUUGCUGUCGGCGGAGGGAGCUGUGACAGGGUACACGGAGCCGUACACAGGGCACAAGAUCUCCCUCUUCCAGGCCAUGAAGAAAGAGUUUAUCGUCAAGGAGCAUGCUAUCCGCCUGCUCGAGGCCCAGAUCGCCACCGGCGGCAUCAUCGACCCCGUCCACAGCCACCGUCUCCCCGUGGAGGUGGCCUACCAACAUGGCUACUUUGACCAGGAGAUGUGCCAGUUCCUUUCUAACCCCAAGAAUCAAACAAGAAGUUGCUUCGACCCCAACACCCACGAAAACCUCACUUAUACACAGCUCCUCCGCCGCUGCGUGCCUGACCGGGACACGGGGCUGCUCAUGCUCCAUGUGAUGGACAAGGGCUCCGUGCUCCACCAGCUGAACAAAGAUGCCCGGAAAGCCCUGCAGGCCGCCCGCACCACCCUCAACGUGGGGCUCUUCCAGGGCCAGCGCGUCACCGUCUGGGAGCUCCUCUUCUCCCGCUACAUCCCUGAUCACCAGAGAGAGGAGCUGCUGCGGAAAUACAAGGCGGGGACGGUCACCAUCCCAGAGAUGAUCACCAUCCUCACCACUGUCAUCACCGGGGCAGAAAUGGAAAAUGAGGGUCUGAGCUCCCCCAGCAAGGAGGUGGGAGCAUCACCACCAGUUCAGGAUACGCACUCCCAGGAGCAACAGUUGAGAAAGUCCUUAAAGUCUGCAACCAUCUAUGUCAGUGCUGGUGAGUUCCAGGGGCAAAACAUUUCCUUGUUGGAUCUGCUCUUUUCCAAAUACAUCCCUCAGGGGAAGCGGCAGGAGCUGCUGGAGCUGUACAGAGCAGGGAUACUGACCACAGAACAGGUGGCUACUGCGGUCACCACCAUCAUAAACAGAACAGAAGCUGCAAAUGCCGUGCUUAUGGCAAACACCAGAAGUCCACACAAGGCAGUGACAAGGGCAGAGGAAAACGGAGAUGAUUUUUCAACACAAGAUGCACAACUAGAUAACAUCUUGAAGUCUACCACCAUUGAAGUGCCAGCUGGUGAGUUCCAGGGGAGGCAGGUCUCUGUGUGGGACCUGCUCUUCUCUGACUACAUCCCUGAGGAGAAAAGGCAGGAGCUCCUGGAGCUGUACCGUGAAAGGAUAUUAACUCUGGAGCAGAUGAUAACUGUUGUCACCACUGUCAUUAAGAAAAAAGAAUCUACAAGCAGAAAAUUCCUAAUUGCAGUCAAGAGUUCCAACAAGGACACUGUGUCAGCAGCAGGAGAGAAGGAUGAUGACACCCCCAAAGAAGAACCAUGGGAAACAGCCUUGAAAACCACAGUCGUUGACGUGGAGGUCAGAGAGUUUCAGGGCCGCAAGGUCUCUGUAUGGGACCUUCUCCACUCCAAGUAUAUCCCUGAGGAGAACAGAAAGGAGCUGCUGGAGCUGUACCAGGCAGGAGAGUUAACCCUUGAUCAGGUGAGAACUGUGGUCAGCACUAUUGUAACCAAGGCAGAAGCGGCAAGGGCAGAGCAAUCGGCAAAUGCGAGCAGUCCAAGAGCAGAAUCGACAGUCGCAGAAGUUGAGCUCACCCAUCUGCAGGAGGACAGGACCUGGGAAGAGACCUUGAAGUCCACCAUAGUCGAGAUGUCAACGGAUGAGUUCCAGGGGAGGCAGGUCUCUGUGUGGGACCUGCUCUUCUCUGACUACAUCCCUAAGGAGAAAAGGCAGGAGCUCCUGGAGUUGUACCGUGAGGGGACAUUGGCCUUGGAGCGGUUAAUAAUUGUUGUCACCACUCUCAUUAAGAAAAAGGAAUCUACAGGCAGGAAAUUUGUAGUUGCAGUCAAGAGUUCCAACAAGGACACUGUGUCAGCAGCAGGAGAGAAGGAUGAUGACACCCCCAAAGAAGAACCAUGGGAAACAGCCUUGAAAACCACAGUCGUCGACAUGGAGGUUGGAGAGUUUCAGGGCCACAAGGUCUCUGUAUGGGACCUGCUCCACUCCAAGUAUAUCCCUGAGGAGAACAGAAAGGAGCUGCUGGAGCUGUACCAGGCAGGAGAGUUAACCCUUGAUCAGGUGAAAACCGUUGUCAGCACUAUUGUAACCAAGGCAGAAGCGGCAAGGGCAGCGCAACUGGCAAAUGCGAGCAGUCCAAGAGCAGAAUCGACAGUCGCAGAAGCUGAGCUCACCCAUCUGCAGGAGGACAGGACCUGGGAAGAGACCUUGAAGUCCACCAUAGUCGAGAUGUCAACGGAUGAGUUCCAGGGGAGGCAGGUCUCUGUGUGGGACCUGCUCUUCUCUGACUACAUCCCUAAGGAGAAAAGGCAGGAGCUCCUGGAGCUGUACCGUGCGGGGAUACUCACCAUUCAGGAACUGGUCAGCACCACCAGCAGCAUUGCAACAGACAGCAAAGCAAGCUAUCUUGCGACCCUUCCCCAGCAGACAGUGGAUCUCCUCCAGUCCGAGGGCUCCUACAUUACUUUUGGCCAGUUCCAGGAGCAGAGGGUGUCAGUGUGGGAGCUCCUCUCCACCAAGCAAGUCUCUGAGUACAAACGAGAGGCACAUCUUGACACUUACGGCACAGGAGGGCUGACCGUGAACAAGAUCACCAUCACCACCACCGUCAUCACAGGCCCACGGCGUGAGAAGGGACAGCACCAGGACCACUAG